AUGGCGAAUGCUGUAAGAAAUAUCAUCAUCAAACUCGGAAGCAAGACACAUUCUCCAGAGGUGGCCUUUAAGAAUAUUCAGACAUUAUUGCAGUUUGCUAUGAAGAAGAAACUCAAGCUUGACCCUCUUCUUCGCGUUGAGAUUUUGGUAACUGUGAUGUCGAACUACCCAGAGUUUUAUGCUGAAUGGUCUGAAGACGAUGCAACUGAACUGCUGAUGAUGGUUUCUGAAGCAAGUGAUGAGGUUUCUCCAGUUUCUAUUCCAGAACCCUCGGAUGGAAAUCGGGCCGGGGCAUUCCUCCGACAUUUUGCACAACGAGCCCUAGAAUCUGCCGAGGACUCUCGACGGCGAGCAGAGUCGCAGCCCCUGUACCCCCAAGCUGCUCAAGAUGAGACAAGACACAGACUGGACAUCCUCCGAAACAGGUCAAACAAUUCUGAUUCUCCAAUUGAAAUUUCACCGGAUAAACCUGAUGAUUUUGUGUCUAAUGCUACUCCGUCUUGUGUGCCUGUUAACACUAAAAAUUUAUCUGCUUUAAACUCUGAGAAACCCCUUAUACCUGUUGAUCCUUCAUUUCUGCCUUUGACUGAGCCUGAUUAUGUGAAAAAUGAUGUCUUGCAUGUUCACUCUGUGUCUCCUGUACACUCCCCAUCCAAGGAGACAAGAAUAUCGAAGGGAAAGAAUAUACCUGUCAAGGUAGUGGUUGAAUCUGGUGAUGACACAGCAGAUACAGAUCAACCUGAGAAGAAAAGGAAGUCGAGUGAGCCUGUGAAAACUAAAACCAAUCCUCCUAUUCAACAAGUGUUUAAGACCUUAAGGUCUUCUGUUAAGCAAAAGAGUUCUGUUGCUGCUCAAACUACUGUUGUUCCACCAUCUUCUUCUAGAAAAGGGAAGCCAGCUCUCAUACCAGAGGAAGGAGUACCUCAGUUCGUUUCUCCUACUGCUCAAGCCAAGUGGUCUACCAUGGUACGAAGAGAUCUGAUUGUUCAAAGAUGUGUGGAUGAAAAUCAUAUGAGUUCUGUCUGUGAUGUUCUGCCGUUGCUGAAAGAAGUCGGCCUGCUAAAGUCUGUUUCUGCCAUCUGUCCUUAUUCAAAGUUGCUCACCUACAAAUUUUAUUGUAAUCUCAAUGAUGAGGUGGAUAAUUUGUCUGGAGUGCGACCAAUGCAGAAUUUCAUUCGUGGGAAGUGGUAUGUGUUUGGCCCUGAUGUAAUUAACGAGUACUAUGGCCUGCAAGGAGUCCAAGAGGACGCUAUCUCUGACUGGGAUGUAGUGGCCAAGAUUAUAACUGGUGGCCAAGAUGACAAAUGGCCCACUGGAGAUAAGGAUACUUUGCCUAGCUCGCAGCUUACCUCCAAAUAUGUGAUACUUCAUCGUCUUGCAUUGCACAACUGGCUUCCUUCAGCUCACUUCCACACUGUUGGCAAGCAAUUGGCCAGUCUCCUAUUCAGAAUUGAAACGAAGAUGACUAUUGAUCUGGGGGCAUGGAUAUAUUAUCACAUUCUCACUCUGAUCCAUCCGAGAGAACAAAACGUACGGCUGCCCUUCCCAAAUUUGAUCUAUGGUAUUCUUACAUCUCAGGGACUUGAGCCUAUGGAAAGUGAGGUGAUCAGUCCGACCCUUUUCUACACAGUUGAUCGACGACUUUUAUCUGGAGAUCAUAUCUGUGAUGUUACGCAAAUGAAUGUCCCUUCCAAUUCUGAGGCUGAUACAGUGGUGGAUGACUCUCCGCAUGCACGAGAUCUUCAACUCUCCAUCCAAUUGAAGGCAAGAGUUUCUGAACUUGAGACAGUCCAUGGCAUAAUAGCAAAACAGCUAACAGGGGCUCGGACGGAAUUAGCCACUGUUCUUCUUCGAUUAAGCCUGACUGAGGCCACUGCUGCUGAUCCAGUGAAGUCUGAGAGUGAGACUCCCUCCAAUGCUUGA